UAAUUAACAUGUUAUGUAAUAACUCCCUAAUCUCUUCUCCAAGCGACUUGAUAAAAUUUCAACUUCAGUUCUAGAGUAUUCGUGGUAUUUCCACACUGAAGUCAAAAAAAAAACUGGGACGAAGUUGUGUUUUAUUUAUCUUUGAAUCUUUUAAUUAAUCCCCAUCUUUUCCUCCAUCAUUUAAUCACUCACCAUAUAAGCUUAACUUUAUUCGACGUUACCUUAUUUGGUUAUCACAUUUCCUUAUAAAGUAAAACAUUAAGUUAUAAUCCGUCUCCAUAUCACGGAAUUAAAACAUCUGUGAACCAUUUUAAACAACGCAUGCAGACCACCACAAUUAGUUUGUGUCGCACAUCAAGAUUGAUCUUCAUUGGAUUUUACCCAGUUCGAGUGAGCUAGGAUUACCAUUACUUUAGGAGAAAAUAUGGAUUGCGGAAAAUGUUCACAACCGAUUCGUUUGUCCAAAGUUUCCCAUAAGGGCGUGUUUUACCAUAAUGGCUGCUUCAGUUGCGACGGCUGCAAGCGUUCGUUGAAGGGAGUUCCUGAGGAUGGUAUCCACAAGUUGCAGAGUUGUUUUUAUCACACUGAGUGUUAUAAGCAACUUGAAGAAGAUAUGUGUUCUAAGUGCGGAAAACUGAUAACAGAUGGAGGUCUGGAACAUAAUGGAAAAUCAUAUCACGAUGAUUGUUUUGUUUGUUCAAAAUGUAACCAAUCAUUAUCAGGUAAACAAUUCCACUUGGAAGACGGUGUAUUUUACGACACGCAAUGUUUCAGAAAACUCAACGCAAUGGAGUGCGACCAAUGCCACGACUUGAUCGAAGGUGUCGACAUCAAAUACAUCACAUAUAAGUUCAUCCACCAUAGAUGUUUUUUCUGCACUGAGUGUCGCAAACAGUUAUCAACAGCUGAAAAAUUUCGAGACGUGAAGACAACUGUGAAAGGAGCUUUGAUCUGUUUACCUUGUUCGCAAAUUGAUCCUUCCACGAACAGAAAAACAUCUGUAACUAAUUACAUAAGAAAAUUCUAAUAAAAAUAUUGGCGCAACAAUUCAGAGUUUAA